AAGGUUAGGAAAUCGAUUCCAGCAAUUUUUAAAUGAUCUAGCUGAGUCCAUCUAAGUCUUUAACAAAUAGUCUGAAUCUAAAUCUGUGUCGUUGUUUCAGGUGAAUUUUUCAUGACUUAGUGCUGGCGAAUCUAUUCCUCGGAAAAGGUCUCUGUACGUAUGAAGUCGCCUGUCGAUCGAAUCUCCUGUGUCAUCGUCCAGCCACUAAGUUAUUCCUCUGUCCUCUUAUGAUCCAGCUUUGAUUUAAAAAUGAAGUUCACCGAGCAUUUAGCAGCUCACAUCACCCCAGAAUGGAGAAAACAAUAUAUUCAAUAUGAGGAACUCAAAGCCAUGCUGUACAAAGCUGUGGAACAAGCUCCAUCUGCAGAACAAGUUGAAGAAACUGUGAUAACGAGACACUUUGCUAAGUUUGAUGAGCAGUUUUUUACCUUUUGUGAUCAAGAAUUGGCAAAAAUCAACACUUUUUAUUCAGAAAAAUUAGCUGAAGCGACUCGAAAGUAUGCUACCUUAAAAAGUGAACUCAGUGAAGCUCAAGAAGAAGAAUUUAACUUCAAUGAUGACAAACGCUCACGGCUCAAAUCAAAACUUUUGCAAAAGAAAGAUUCUCCAGCUCGCAAAAUACAAGAGUUGAAACUUGCAUUCAGUGAAUUCUACCUAAGUCUUAUUCUACUGCAGAAUUAUCAAAAUUUGAAUUUCACUGGUUUCAGAAAAAUACUGAAGAAACAUGAUAAGCUUUUAAACACAGACUAUGGAGCUCAUUGGAGGUGUGAAAAUGUAGAAACUGCACAUUUCUAUGUGAACAAAGACAUUGAUAGACUGAUAGCAGAAACAGAAGGAGCUGUGACGCAAGGACUCGAAGGUGGUGACCGACAGAGGGCAAUGAAAAGACUCCGAGUACCUCCACUGGGUGAACAACAAAGUCCAUGGACAUCAUUUAAAGUGGGGCUCUUCUCUGGUUCCUUCAUAGUUUUGAUUGUCGCUGUCAUUCUCUCUGGUAUUUUUCAUCAAAGCAAAGAUGAUUGGAGAGUUGUUGGCCGUCUGUACAGAGGACCGUUUUUAAUAGUAGAGUUCAUUUUCUUGAUGGGUGUCAACGUUUAUGGAUGGAGGUCCUCAGGUGUAAACCAUGUUCUAAUUUUUGAACUCGAUCCACGAAAUCACCUCUCUGAGCAACACAUCAUGGAAAUGGCAGCCAUUUUUGGUGUUGUUUGGACCUUGAGUGUUCUUGGAUUCCUGUACAGUGAGGCUCUUAGUAUUCCGCCUUACAUUAAUCCUUUAGUGCUUAUGACUAUUAUGGCCGUCUUCCUUUUCAAUCCAACAAAGACAUUUCGACAUGAAGCUCGAUUUUGGGUCCUUCGAGUGAUGGGACGGAUCAUUUUUGCUCCAUUCUUCUACGUUGGCUUUGCUGACUUUUGGUUAGCCGAUCAGCUGACAAGUUUAGUUCCUGCUUUAUUAGAUUUUCAGUAUUUUAUUUGUUUUUAUCUUACUAAUGACAACUGGCUUGUUCCUAAUCACUCACCAGUUGACCCAGAAAAAUGUGUCAACAGUGUUUGGCUACUCCGCCCAAUUGUGGCCUGUUUACCUGCCUGGUUUAGAUUUGCCCAGUGUUUAAGACGUUACCGUGACACCAAGGAAAAAUUUCCUCACCUUGCAAAUGCUGCGAAAUAUGCCACAACUUUUGGAGUUGUCAUUUUUUCUUUUAUGAACAUCAAUUAUGCCAGUACCCAUGGCACUUCACUCACUGAUAGUCCAUACUUUUAUCUAUGGAUACUGUCCUCUGUCAUCAGUUCUCUUUACUGUUACUUAUGGGAUAUAAAAAUGGAUUGGGGCUUGUUCGAUUCAAAGGCUGGUGAAAAUAAAUUCUUAAGAGAGGAAAUAGUCUACUCAACUCCGAACUAUUAUUAUUUUGCGAUCAUUGAGGAUUUGAUUCUGAGAUUCGGUUGGGCCAUGUCGUUUUCUCUCACAGAGAUGGGUUACAUUCAUGGUGAUCUCAUGGUAGCGAUUCUGGCACCUUUCGAAGUCUUCAGGAGGUUUGUAUGGAACUUUUUCCGUCUAGAAAACGAGCAUCUCAAUAACUGUGGUAAAUUCAGAGCAGUGAGGGAUAUCUCUGUAGCACCUAUGGAUUCCUCGGAUCAGUCUCAAAUAAUCCGAAUGAUGGACGAUGUAGAUGGUGUCUACAAUCGUCACCAAAAUAAUAAAAGAUCUCUCUUGAAACAACUGCCUGGUUCGGACGAUACCUUAAGCCGUCAGUCGUAGUAUUUAAUUCAAGUAAGGAAGAAUAUAUUUUUAUAUUAUUUUACAUGGUGCUAUGUCAACACUACAUAGUUGUUUAUGCAGAGAAAAGUCAUUUGUCUUAAAAUCAUGUUCCAAAGCCUCUUCUGUACAUUUUAUCCUCUGGGUAAAAUGGGAGCCGAUGUAGUCAAAUGAAAUUAUUUCAUCAUUCAUGAGAAAUAAUUUGAUUAUGAGUGACAUCUUGCGAUCAUGAGAUCACAUUUCUCUUUAAGAGACUUCAGUGAAAGAAGAAUGAUUCGGCUGAAUUGGAAAUUCAGCACGUUUGUGCAGAUGGCAUGUAAAUAUUUUACACCGUUGUUGUUCUCUUCAUCAUUCUAUGCAUAUAUUCAAAUGAAGCAACUUAUACGUUGAUCUUGUAACAUGCUGCAAAAAAGAAGAGAAACAUGAUUGCCCUCAGAGCUUUGUCUUCUUCGAAACAUACAGGUUUGAAGUUUCUGACAGGACAGGACUGAUAAGGCUAUAUUUAGCCGCAUUGUUUGAUUAUCCCUUAUGGACCAACCGCUAGCCUCAUUUGGUGUACAUGAAAAAGUGACGGUUGCGGAUUAUACUGUUUCCAAUUUUAUGAAAACGCAUCGGCAAUCACUGAUUUUUUAAUCUUCUUAUUACCUCAACCACAGAAGGACAGACAAGACUCACUUCAAUUAAGUGUUUUUAGCUCAUAACUUUGUAUAUAUUUUCUUAUUAUUUCCGUGAAUACAGUGUUUCCAAUCAGAUCUGAAAGCUUCCUAGAUUUUUUUGUAGAAUUUAUUUUGAUCUGAGAAAAAAUAAUGGGAUUUGUAAGUUCUGAUUAUUUAAUGCCUCCUUUGUAUUAAUAUUUGUGCAGCAUAAAGACAUUGAGAACAGAAGCUUGAAUGUAUAUAUUUUUAAAGAAACAUUCCACAACAUGGAAUGUUUCUAAUAAAUUAAAUUUCUUGCCGGUAAAUUAUUUUUAGGUGUGGAUGCUACUUUUCAUCCCCCCCUCCUUCUCAAAAAAAAAAAAAAAAAAAAUUAACUAACAUGUACUCGAAACAUUUAUUAGUUUCUAUGAGCAUCACAAAGUAGGUAAUUAUUUCUAGUCAAUGACUGUGGAAUGCCGCUGAGGAUUCAAGCAGUUUCUCAUCCUUCAUAAUCACUGAAAAUUAUGAUUGAAACAUCAUCACAGUUUUGACCGUCCUAAUAUCUACCUACGCUUACUGUUUGUCUUACAUUUUAUCAUUUUUAAUUGUCUUACAGUUUUUACCAAAUUUUUUAGUCAUUGUUUUAGUAUUAAGUAACCUAACUAGAUUUUGAAGGCAAUGGGGCCUUAACCUUCUCUUCAAACAUCUAAUUAGUAUCACAAUAUGCAAAUAGAUAAUUGUUUUUUGCUUUUUCACUUUUCUAUAGACUUAAUGUAACAGGCAGUUUACCUGAAUCUGUUGAUCAGUGAUAAUUAAAUUCUCUUUUGAAAAUCCCAUGAGAAAUUGAAUCCUUCUAUUAUUUAUAGAACGGAAAGCAAAUUGAAUCUCUCAGUUCAAAAACGACCCAACUCUGGUUUUUUACAAUGUUCAUUAUUUUGCGUAGAAACACUCCUUUUCUGGCUCUUAUGCAGUUUCUAUCGACUCCUGAAUAAUUUAAUUAUUGGGAGGGGGCUCGUUUUUGAACUGAGACUAGAGUUACAAUUGUAAAUAAAGCCGCGUAUUAAGAAGAAAUAAAAAUUUCCUAUCAUUAUGCUGUAAAAUUGCGUUAUUUACAAUGCCUUAUUUUGCAGAAUAAUGGCAAUAAUUUUUUUUUCUUAAUUUUCUUUAGUAUCGCUGCUUCUCCACCAAUGCUCAGUCUAGUAUCUUAGAUUGUGAAACAGAGACUGAAAUAGUCUACUGUAGCGCCUCUCUCAGGAAAGUAAGAUACAUGUAAAAAGUGUUGAAGGAAUUUGAAUGAGGGAAUAUUACAAAUCUGUUCAUUAAAAUUUUUAUUAACAUAAAAUAAUUGCAACAUCUAAGUUUAUAAGUCAUAAUCAAGUGUGUGAAUUCUCCAUAAAGAAUUUGAAAGCA